CAGGCUUUUAUCAUUUUUCUUGUUUUGACAUGUAAGUUCUUUUUAAAGGCUGUCUUUUUGAUUCCUAACAGCUUUUUCCCAGAACAGCAAGGGUUGUACAGUGUCUGAUCUCUGCAAAGUGAACUAAAACUUUCCAAUUUGAGAGAGGUUCCUUGCUAGUGACUUACAUGGCCAACAUAAUUAAGAACUAUCAGGCAGUUCUUAAUUAAAAGUUCAAGUCUGUGUCAUUUUGUCCGGAAUUGGUGCAGAGCUGAGCUGUCUGUGAUUAUUUCACUCAUCAUGGCUUGCAAUAACACUGCUGUUCUGCUCUCUGGCAUCUUGAGUCUUCCAAGAUUUGGUAAAACUGAACAGAAGGCUGAAGAUCUCUUUAAUCUUAUGCCCAAGUUCCCAGGACUUCCUGAUUUUCAGCGUUUAUCCCUCUGGAGCACAGAAGGAUGAUCACAAGUGAUCAGAUUACCCCAGGCUGAGGCUUUUCAGUGCCUCUGCUUGUGGCAGCUCUGCUGAGGCUGCAGGAGAGAGCUCCAGGCACAGGGUUUCUCUUCAGAUGGAAUCUCAGUUUGCCCAACUCCUUCAACUGGAAGCUGAGAGCAGGUAAUGUUAUCUCUCACCUCAUCAAAUUUCAUCUGCUGCCAGUGAAGUGAACUUUGAAAGAGGUUUCAGAAGGACAGGAUUUAGAUCCCAGCAGUUUUCUCAUCCCAGACCCAGUGGAUUCUCUAUUUCUCCCAAUUAUGCACCAUAAGCUGAAUUUGGAGCUGUGCUACCAGUACUGAGAGUGGAAAAGCCCAGCAGUGAGAAAUGUGCUGUUCCAAACUUGGAAAAAAUUAGGUUGUACAUAAUUAACUGAAGACUCUAAAGGCAGUGUUAAUUAAUGCAUAGAAUUCUCCAUAGGUGCAGCAUCCAGGCAGCUCCAUUCAGUGGCAAGAUGCAGAUUUUGGGACAUCCUUUACUGUUGUACUGUGACUGCAAUCAAUUGCCCAGACUUGGAGGACUCAGAGUGCACUCAUGCAGCAGAAGACAUUUAGGCAUGGACUGAUGAACAGAGAUUAAAUGAGUGGUUUCUUCCUUCUUAAGAGAAUGCUAACUUUUAUUUUCUGCAGUGGACAGAACUGUGCCUGUUGGUGUGUGACUGUGUGGGGAUAAUUCUGGCUCAGGUACAUGAGAUAACACCAUCCAGAUAAAUCACAACUGGCACUUUCAAAACUGUCUGUGAGGUUUGUAGUAAGUUAUCUCCGGUAUAAAAAGUUCUCAGGGGGCAGCAAGUGGAAUUUCAGUGAGUUGUCCUUGGAGUCACCAGUUGUUCCCAACACUGAGCAGCUGAGGAGCCCCAGCAGGACUCGGUCUGAGCUUGCUGGAUGCCUUCAGCACCUUAAAUGUGGAGCAUCAGCAAAGCCACAUGCUUCCAGACAGCUCAGCAUGCCCUGAGCAGAGUGACCACUGACCAGGGCAGGGAGAGAGCCCAGCAAAAACACCAGAAAACCUGAAAUUCAGUUGCUCUGAAGCAGCAGUUUGUGUUGCAGAGCUGCAGCCCUGCCACGUGCUGUGUGGUGAGCUCAGGUGUAGGCUGCUCACCUGAGUCCUUCCCAUGCUGUGUGUCAAGAAGUGACCUGAGCUUGGCAGUUCUGGGUCAGGGUACAAAGAAAUUUCUGUCUUUUUCUUGUUUGCAGAUGGGCCAUGCUUGUAAGUCUGAGUUGGACUCUCCCAUCAAGUCAGAGAACAGUGAUUUCCAGUCUCUUCCCGACUGGGAUUCAAGCUCAGAUGUGGAUGUGAUGAGCUGGAGAACUGCUGAAGAGGUGACCAUGGGGAAGCCAGAGGGGAGCAGCCAAGAGCAAGAGACAGACCUUGAGAUGGAGCUGAGUGAGCCUCUCUGGGAGGAUGAUAGUGAAGGUGACCAAGCGGCAGAGCAGCAAUGUGAAAGCAACAGUGUUUUCCAGUUCCUCUUGGAGGUAACCCAGAUGUUGGAAUCUUUGUGCAUUAGCAGCACAGAGUCAUCGCAGACUCCGUGGGAUUGUUGUGGCUCAGAGAAGCAGAGUGAUGAGGAAGAAGUGGGGUGCCAGGAAAAGACCACAGGAACAGCAGUCUCAGGAGCAGAGCAAAGUCAAGUGCACUUCCAGGAAAGAGAGGACAAGACUCAAGAGCCACCUGGAGAACCACCUGUAGAUGAACUGCAUCCCCCAGAGAUGAGAGCUCAGGCCCUGGAUGAAGGUGACAGUGACAGCACCUCUGCAUCCCCAGUGCUGGACUCCACAGGCUCUCCCAACAUGCCCCUGCUGCAGCCUAGCUGGAAUAAUCCCCUCCAGCACCUGAUCCUCAAAAAAAAGCUCAUGUCCAUCUGGAGGAUGAUAGCCAGCCACAGGUUCAGCAGCCCGUUCCUGAAGCCAGUGUCAGAAAAACAAGCCCCUGGAUACAAGGAUGUGGUGAAGAGACCCAUGGAUUUAAGCAGCAUAAAGAGGAGGCUGGCAAAGGGACACAUUCAGUCCGUGAUGCAGUUCCAGUGUGACCUGAUGCUCAUGUUCCAGAACGCUGUCAUGUACAACAACUCUGACCACCACGUGUUCCAUGUCGCUGUGGAGAUGCAGCGAGAGGUCUUGGAGCAGCUGCAGGUCUUGGCUGAAGCCAUCCUGUUGUCCAGGGACAGGCUGGAGUGAGGCAGAAGGGAGAAGAGUUCCCUGAGAUGAAAAGCAAGGGAGAAAAUCCCGUGUGUGGCCAGGUGGAUGAAGGUGGCUGGGCACACCGGGCACGGCAGCGUUCCCGUGUUCACACUGUUGUGCUGUUUGUUGGGUCGGGUGGGUCCAGCGUUACCGGCACUGACCACACCCAAUAAAUGCCCGUGUUGAAACUUG